AUGAAAUACACACAGUAUGUCUUCUUGGUGGGUCUUUUAUCCAUCGUUGCUCCAGGCGCUGCUCAAUCCUGCACAGUGGAUUCGCUUCCUGUGAAAGACAACUUUGAUCCAAAGAGGUAUACAGGGAAGUGGUACGCCUUAGCCAAGAGGGAUCCUCAAGGCCUAUUCCUUCAAGACAACAUCUCUGCUGAGUACACAAUCGAGGAGGAUGGCACCAUGAGCGCCUCGUCCAAAGGCCGAGUGAAGCUGUUUGGAUUCUGGGUGAUUUGUGCAGACAUGGCAGCCCAGUAUACUGUCCCAGACCCUAUGACUCCAGCAAAAAUGUACAUGACUUACCAAGGGUUGGCCAGUUACCUGUCUAGUGGAGGUGAUAACUACUGGGUGAUUGAUACGGAUUAUGAUAAUUACGCCAUCACCUAUGCCUGCCGCAGUCUGAAGGAGGAUGGGUCGUGCGAUGACGGUUACUCCAUUAUUUUCUCCCGCAGUCCCCGGGGGCUCCCCCCAGCCAUUCAGCGCAUUAUUCGCCAGAAGCAGGAUGAGAUCUGUAUGUCGGGCCAGUUUCAGCCAGUGCUGCAGUCAGGAGCCUGCUAA